AUGGACGACUGGAACGAAAUUACCUCUCUACCAGUCUUCUCACGGCCGUAUGCCGCAGUUUCGGCAACCUUCUUUGACCCAGCUCAGGACUUGCUUUGGGCAGGCGCGUCCGACGGCUUCCUCGCAUCCUUCUAUACCCAAGCCUUACGACCUUAUGCGUCGUCCCGUGUCCAUUCCUCGUUACCAGUUCUUCAAAUCGCCGCUGCCGAUAAGGCCCUGCUUGCACUUACUCCAGAAUCCCUUCGACUUGCAACACGCCGCGGUACUACAAAAACAACCCUCGACGCGCCUGCAGCCCUGGCCGGCUCGCUCGCGUGUAUGGCCCCAGCGCGUGAUGCCGAGCUCUACCUAGGUAGCACCGGAAGCCUCUCUGGUAUAGGUACCAACGAAAUUCUCAAGCUAAAUUUGGACGCUCCAGCUGGCUCCGUGUUCUCCACGGCCUCUAGCAUCCCGCUCUCUCCUGGGUCUGCCGGAGCUGUCAAGAUUGUGCGCACAGCACAUGCCCUGGUGGCUGGAAAAUCUAACGGUGCCGUCGACAUCAUCGACCCAAACACAAACCGCGUCGUCAAAUCGUUUCAAGCACAUACCAGCGUUGUCUCUGAUCUUGAUGCGCGCGAAACUACCCUUCUCACUUGCGGCUACUCGCUCCGCAAAGCCGGGGCCGCAGGCCAGUUGCUUCUCGAUCCGCUUGUCAACAUAUUUGAUUUGCGUGCAGGUAAACCUCUUCCUCCAGUACCUUUCCCUGCUGGUGCCGGGUUUGUUCGCCUUCACCCAAAACUCUCCACCUGCGCUUUCAUUGCGUCCCAAACAGGUCAAAUCCAGCUCAUUGACUUUGCAAACCCGGCUUCCACUCAAGUCAGACUCCAUCAGGCCGCUCUAGCAUCUUCCGGAACCCUGUCGGGUCUCGAGGUGUCCUCGUCAGGCGAUUUUCUGGCUCUCACUGACGGUGCAUAUGUCCAACUCUGGAGCAAUUCUGCAGACGACCCGACCUUUAAUGAGUUUGCAGCCCCCCUAGACUUCCCAGUCGAUCCAGCGGUCUAUACCCAACCAAUCUCAAGUAUGAUUCCUGCACAACCUCGCAGAAUCGAUAUUGACGAUGAUUCCACGCCGCUUAGUGCUAUCGGACUACCCUACUACAAAGACGAACUUCUUUCAUCGUGGUCAAUCGAGCCUGGAAUGCCCAUGGUCUUUGAUGAAGGCAUGCCCCCAGCAAAACUCCCACCAGAUGUUCUGCGGCAACUCCAGGCAGCCAUCAAUGACAAUUCCUCAACAGAUAUUCAUCCAACAGAUCUGGCCCUUGGUGGAAUCGGACUCACUGGCAUUUCUGCUCAAGAUCACGCGCGCCGCAACGUGGCUCAGAAAUACGUCUCUUUUAAGGAUCUUAAACGUCGCACCAUUGCGUCAGGCCCCAAGUUUAUUUCAGAAAGAAGUGGUGGGGCCGGUGGUACCGCAAGUGCAGGCGCAGCUGCUGGUACCGGUGGCCCUGGAGGAAGUGCAGGCAGUGGUAAUAGCGCCGACGAAACUACCCCACCAGCCUCUUCAAGUGACAUGGCCGAUGAUACCUCGCCAGUUCCGCGCGCGUACCGACGCCUGGAAAUCAAGUACUCCAAGUUUGGCAUUGCUGACUUUGACUUUGGCUACUACAACCACACGCAAUACUCUGGGCUUGAGCCUCAGUUUGUCAACUCUUACUGCAACCCGCUACUACAACUCUACUGCUACUCCAGGCCAAUCUACGAAUUUGCACUCAAUCAACUUAAACACAACUCCCUUGACGAUAAGUCGCUCCUGGCAGAGCUUGGCUUGCUCUUUGAUAUGCUCCAUAAAGCAAAGGGGUUGCACUGUGCGGCAGCAAAUUUUGUAAAGGCUCUUUCAACCAUCCCCCAAGCAAAUGCGCUUGGAUUGGUCACAGAUGAUGCCCACCCUCUUCGCGUGGGAUCCAGAUCGCUCAGUGUCUCUUCUACACAACCCCAACCAGGAUCACCACUGGCCGCCAUUUGUAGCAGAACCCUCGGGCUGGCCACUGGGUACGCACCAGGGCAUGGCCAAGGGCUGCUGUUACAAGCCUUUGCGCGGUUCCUAAUGGAACGCAUGGCCAUUGAUGAGCGUGCCUACGAUGCAUCUGCACGUGAGUUUGAAAAAAUUGCGGGCAUUGUUGUAGAAACAUCGACUCAUUCGCCCGCCUGUCAGUCCCGAUCAGUUCUCGAAACAGUGGUAUAUUCUCUUGAGCUGGUUCAGCCUAAAUCUGCCUUUUUGCCGACCCUCCAGGCAUCCCUCGACAAGCGUUCUCGUAGCUCUAAAGCAUGGUGUGAUACAUGCCGCAAGUUCCAUACCCAAACAGCAACUCGUACUGUCCGUGCACGGCUCCCCAAAGUGCUUAACCUGCAUGUCCCACUUGCAGACGAAACCGUACCCCCAAGCAAUUGGCCCGAGCCGCAAUUUGCCGUCCGCACAGAGCAGGCUGAGAACCAACCCACGUCGCUUAAAAUUGUGGCUGACGCUCAACCAGGGGACGAUAUUUAUGAACUCCUAGGCCUGGUGGUUGAGAUUCAAACAAACGCACAGACAGAUUCUGCACCUGCGUCGGCUUCGUCAGCUGCCCCAGGCUCACGGCCAUCGCGCAAUCCGGUUGAUACGCACCUGAUUACGUUUGUGAAAAUCGAAGGCCAGUGGCAUCUAUUCAAUGAUUUCCUGGUCAAGCCUGUUUCCGAGGCAGAGGCGCUGGAGGUGACUUCCUGGAAAACGCCUGUGGUUUUGCUCUACCAACGGAAAGAAGAAGAGGCACCACCAUUUGACUAUAAUGCCUGGAUAAACAGUCUCGACACGUCAAUUCUUUACCGUGACCACUUUGCUGCCGGGUUCCGUGCAGGAUUCAAACGCGAAUAUGAGCUGUUGGAUCCCACUACGGAAGCACCUGAGCCCGGGACCCUGGUGGCCAUGGACACAGAGUUUGUUUUGCUGCAACAUGAAGAGACGGAAAUCAUAUCUGAUGGAACAAAGUCGCUAGUGCGGCCCAAAGAGGUGACGCUUGCUCGAGUGUCUGUUGUGCGGGGAACAGGACCCAAGCAGGGUGUGCCGUUUAUUGAUGACUUUAUAGCAACGUCUGAAACCAUAGUGGACUACCUGACAGAAUAUUCAGGCGUUGAGCAGGGCGACCUGGACCCCUGGACGUCGACGCGCGGGUCGCUAGUGACGCAGCAAACGUCAUAUAAGCGGUUGUGGCUAUUGUUGAAUCUUGGGUGUGUAUUUGUUGGUCAUGGACUUGAUAAUGAUUUCCGGACAAUUGGGAUUCACGUACCGUCUGCACAGGUGGUUGAUACGCUUGGGUUGUUUUACCUACCUGAGUACAAGCGGCGACUAUCGCUCAAGUUUUUGGCAUACGCGUUGCUACAUGAAAAUGUGCAGACGGGGAACCAUGAUUCAAUUGAGGAUGCUGUAACGGCGCUACGACUGUAUAAGGAGUAUAUGAGGGUGUCAAGUAAAGGCCCGGAUGCGUUUGUGGCGCUGUUGCAUCAGUUAUAUAAGGAAGGUAAAAAGUGUAACUUUCGGCCGCCGCCAAAAGAUGUUUGA